AUGGGAAAGCAUCGUCAUAAGAAAUCAUUUUAUGAUGUGGACGACGACGAUUUGCAUUCAUCUCGUAGAGAUAAUCGUCAUCAUCGACGACGACACUCAAGUGAAAAGCAAAACGAAAGAAGACAACGUGUACCAUCGAUGUCCUCGUUCGUUAAUAGUAAGACUGUUGAUGACGACGAAGCUGCGCUGCAAUCACCGCCAAUCAAAAGGCAACGAUCAUCAUUAAGCGGUUCGCAGUCACCUUCAAAGGUUCUGUCACAACUUAUUGAGAAUCCAGAAUUUCUAGCGAACGCAGGCCCGAAAGCAAAAGAAUUUGCCGAAACAGCUCGACAAUUACUUGCUAAGCCUGACCUCGAUCCAACCACACAACAAAUCAUCUGCGCUAUGGCUCAGGCUGCAGUCAAUGUUGGAAAACGACUGAAUUCGUCGUCUUUAUCCUCGACACCAGCUGAUCAGUGUGUUGACGACAUCAGUAUCACUAAUAGUACAACUUACUCAUCGACUACUCUACUAUCUCCAACUUUAUCGACAACAAGUAGUUCAUCAGCGUCGACUACGCCUCAACAACAAUCUCAUUCUAAUGUAUCGCGUGAAGAAAGUAAAACGCCAACGGAACCAGAAAGCGAUGAAGAUAUUUUGAUUAAACAAAUGAUUGAGCGUGCGAUGAAGUUAACGCAACAAGGUGAUACUCGUCAUGCACAACAUUUACUUGGCGUUAUUCACGAGAAGUUAUCCAAUAAACGAAAACGAGAAGCAGUAGCUGCUGCUGGCAGUGGUGCUAUGGUUACACCCUUUACGAAUAGUAAUGACGAUGAAAAACAUAAAGGUCAAGUAACUAACGAUUUUUAUGCGUUACCAUCGAUGUUAAAUGAAGAAUUACAAAAUAAUAUCGAACAUAAUGCACUCUCAUCAUAUGAAUCUGAACAAACGAAUGAUUAUCAGAAUACAUCUUGCUUUUCAUACCCACCACCACCAUUACCACCUGCUCAGCCACCACCUCCGCCACCGCCACCGAUUCCAGACACAAAUGUCGCAGCAUCUCUGUCAAUUACAGUGCCACCUAUUGAACAAGUACAAGAACUGCUGGCGAAUCCUUCAGAAGUUCAAGAUAUACUGAAAAAAUUGUUUGCUCCAAAUGAUAAUGUGAAAGUUUCGCCUCCUGAAGAACAUCAAAUACAAUCUCAUUUAACUUCACCAUCGGCGUACUAUUCUCAACCCCCAGCUCCUUUAAUCAAUAGCUCGUUUUAUCCCCUGCCUCCUCGAUCGAAUAAUCAUAAUCAACCGGCACGUUUACCAUUGCCGCCGCUGCCUUCACCGCCCGCAGCAGCAGUAGCGGCAGGCCCUCAGCCCUACAAUUCUUCACUUGCUUUCAUGCAAGGAAAUCGACGGAAUCUACCGCCAUUGCAAACGCCAGAUCGAUGCUUCUCAUCAUCAUCCAGCAGUAAAAGCAACAAAUCAGCACUACCACUCCCAUCACAACAACAACCGCAAACAACAAAUCGUUCGUUCUCGUUUUCAUCGUUGACAACAUCAACGAUACCACCAAACAGUAAUGGAAUUAAAUCAUUACUUCCCACUUCAGCGCCGCCUCUUAUGACAAUCAGUCCUACACUACCGUACGGUUCAUCUGUACUCACACCGUUCGAGACAAUUCCAUCCCGUUGGUCAAGUCCGAACGAGCAGCAGCCAAAUCUUCAUGCAUUUUGGUGUGCUACAUGCGCGCUUGGUUUUCCUCAUCAAAUCGUCUAUCAAGAACAUUUACGCACUCAUGUUUCAUGCAAUGUGCCUGGCUGUUCAUACACUGCGUCGGAACAACUUGUUCGUAUGCAUUAUCAAAACAUGCAUGAAAACAAUGUACGCAAUCGAAUGAAUAAUACUACUUUGCAUUCAAAUCGUCCAAUACAACCAUUAUUAGAUCAACCGUGGCCUUUAAUGCGGAUGUAG